CUCAGUUACGCCGCGCCCCUUACGAAGUGCGCUGCGCCUCACGAGCGAGAUCACGGUGUCUUCGCGGCUCGAAAAAUACUUUUUUCCGACCACGUUUCCGCGUUCUCGUAAAGAUUUUUUUUUUAGUUUUGUCGCGCGUGCUUCGUUCGUUCUUACGUCCUUUCCCCCUCUUUUUUUUUUUCGCUUCCUACAGAUACGUCGAGAUACGUACAAAGGGAAUAAAUUAUCGAACCACGUUCCCAUGUGAUCGAGUCGUGUCCCAGCCACCUCACGAGUUUCACGAGAUACGAGAGCGUGGUUGGAUCGAGAGUGACAUACGAUAAUACUCGAGUGUGGCAGUGAUGUAAAAGUGUGGUAAAUUGACAGGAAGAUUUUUGUGAGUCGAGUAUUUUUGUGAGAUGUGUCCUUGUUGAUUUUUAUUAUUAUUAAACGACUGGAUGAAGGGACUAGUAGGUAAAGAAGAUUGUGUGGCUUGUGUUGAUUGAACGGGGUUGUGUAGAUAAAGUUAAAAAAGAGAGACUCGAUUCCGUUGGUUACCGAGUAGAAGAGGCUCGAGCGGUUUACACGAUGGAUAAUGGACUUUGCUGAAGGACUUCCCUUCAGUUUCUUCUUUAACACAGACGCUUCCGAUCACGUACCUCGAGAUCGAGAAUCGAGAAUAUCGUGGCAUUCACGGGGAUAGAAAACAGCUUUGCGAUGAACCAAGUGAAACGAGGCAUUAGAUCGAUUGUUUUUGUAUCUUGAGACUACUUAUCAAAGGUCGCCGCAAGGAAGGAAAAGACAAAGGAAGAAAGAAUUCCGAUAUGGACGAUCUGAAAUCCCUCAACAAUUCGAGCCAACCCCUGUGAAGGGCGGGGAAUAAAUGGAUACGGGUGAAGGGAAGAUGAAGCGUGAAGAAGCAAGCAAGAAAGAAAGCCAAUAGAAUCAGGUUACCUCUAACAUCGGUGGAGGAUUGCAUCUUGUUCGUGGCGUACCACGGAAAGUCUCUGCCUCUGCCUUUACUGGCCGCACGAUGACCGAGAGGAUCCAUUGCAAAAUUCCUGAAGGGUAUGGAAGCACGGUCCAUGGCAUCUCGCCGAAUAUUAUCGCGGCCCACGCGUAAAUUAUGCGGAGCAGCAGCGUAGUAUGCGAAACGAUGCCAAUGGCUCGUCCAUUAUCGCGAGAACGAUGCCGAAGAUGAUGCCAAUCGCUCGUGGAUAAAGGGAAGUCGCAAUAAUCCAUCCUUGUGACGUCGCGAGAAAAAAGAUAUUUUCUUGUUCUUGUUCAAGAACCGUUUCUGGUAUUUGAUAUAAAUCAAUUGGAUCUAGGAUCUUCUGAAUGGAGGACUGGAUUGCAAUUAAUAGUAUUUUCAUUACAUGUUUCUGACAUCUCUCUGAUUCUAUUUGUUUUUUUAGGUCUCGUUUGAUUCGAACGCAAUACGAAACGAGUUAACACUGUAUUUUAUGAAUGUGAAAAAUUGUGAGGACAUUGAGGAAGAUAUCAAGACGUGACAAACAUGUAAUACUUAAGAAUGGAAAUAAUUCAUGAUUGGAUAUCUAUGGAUGAUUCGAAGAAAAAGUCUGAGAAAAUUAGUACUUGGAGAUGACAGCGAUGUCGAGGCAGCGGUACGCGAACCGCAGCAGCGGGGACAGAUAAGGAAGGGAGGAGCCACGCGUCGGGCAAUCAUGUGUAGUGUCAUGUGGCUCCUUCGGCUCCUAACGACUUGCUGCCUCGUUUAUCUAUCGACGUCCGACUUCCACACAGAUCUAUCAAUAAUAACAGAUUCAAUAUCAACGAAAUCGACGACGGCGGCAAAGCGGUCGGUACCGACGGAUGCGCCGAUGUUGAACUACAUUUUCGAUGCGCACAGCACGCUGAACAAACAUCAACACCAUCACGAUCACAGGUGGGGCCCCCAUUUCGAGGGAGAAAGCAAGAAUAUGACGGUACAGGCUGGCGGUAGCGCCCUGCUUGACUGCAGGAUAUCCUUGCUACAGGAUAAAACCGUGUCUUGGGUACGUAGGCAAGACAAUGGGGAAAAGGUAAAUUUGCUGACAGUGGGUCAGCAGACGUACAUAGGAGACCCAAGGUACACGGUGAAGUUCCAAUACCCGGAUAACUGGCGUCUACAAAUCCGACCGGUGAACAGUAGCGACGAGGGCCAGUACGAGUGCCAAGUCAGCACUCAUCCGCCCAAGUAUAUUCACGUGAAUCUUCACAUCAACGCACCAUCCGUCCAAAUAGUGGACGCCCUGGGUGAACCUCUGAGAGACAAGUAUUACGAGGCUGACAGCACUAUAGAACUGUUAUGCGUUGUGCGCCACAUAGCAAUGCAAGUGCAAUACAGUGUCGUGCAGUGGCUUCACGGCAACAGAGUUUUGAACUACGACACGACGAGAGGCGGUAUCAGCGUGAAAACGGACCUAAUGGAAGAGGGGGCCAAUUCGACUCUCAGCAUAGCGAGGGUGGGACCAGCUGACAGCGGAAACUACACGUGCCAUCUAACCACCAUGCCCGAUCAACCUGCCACCGUUCACGUGCAUGUGCUGAACGGAGAAAGCUUAGCCGAGCUGCAUCACGGGUCCGCAGAGGUCUCCAGUAGCGGUUCGUUGCUGCUUCUCUUAUGCGUCUUUCUCGGUCGGAUACAACAGGUGCUGAGAUGAAGGAUCGACCAGUUUCGUCGCUUCCUUGCCUGCACGCACAAUACACAGAACUUUUAUAUUAUCGUUGGGAGAAUGGACGUGGCCAUACGUGAACGAGAAAGGAACGAAGGAAGAAACGUGAAAAAACGAACGGGAGGAGGGCGGUGAAUGCAAAAAACUUGAAAAGUUGAAACUCUGCGAGAGGAGAAUGGGCUUGAGGCGUGGGGAAAGGUUGGCAGCAUUGGUCCGCCAUUGUCUUUCUGCGUCGCUCACAUCCUUGAUUCCAUCUGUCAACUUGUCAGAGCGCUUCGACUUCGCGUUUUUUGUCCUUCCAGCUAGUGGUGGAGCACUGGUGGUUAAUCGGAAACUGAUGAAUCAUCCUGGGAGGAGGAAUUUGUCGAUGAUUGGUUGGGUUCCAGGAGAUUGAGAGGUUAAGAUUCGUCUUGUGCCUUUGUAUUUCCGUUUUUUGGGGAUAGCUUGGAGUUUAGUUUCGAUAGGGUGGAAUUAACCCUUAUAUCGAUAUUUCGAGUAUCUUUUUACGAUGGAAGGGAAGAUACUUGGAUUUUCUUUUUUAUUUAUUUGCAAAAUUCUAAAAUAUCUUCAAUUUUAAUUUAAUUAUUAUUUAUAUUCUUAGAUUGGAAGUUAGAUGUUUAAGAAUUUUCUUAAUUAUUAAAAUUUUACAAAUCGAUGAUGACAAUUCGGUCAAUAUUAUUGAUAUAAGGGUUAAGAAUAAAUUAAUUUAAGAUAAGUUAGUUACUAAUCCGAAUGUGGUGUAUACAUUUUAUAUCCAUUUUAGGUGUAAAUAUCUCGCAACCUAACGUGGAUGUCAGGUGCAUAUCUUUUACUAAGUUAAUUCAUAUAAUUGAAAGUAUCAUUCUCAUUCAUUCUGCAUUGAUCCUGUAUGAUAAAUCUUGAAAUCAUCGAAUGCAUAAUCAAGUUUAUGAUAAUAAAUAAGUACGUGCAGAUUUAAUACGUACGAAAAUAUAGAAAUAUAUUACGAUUUUGACAUAUCUAUAUUGUUCAACGCUCGGAUAGACUGAAUUACCAAGUAAUUAAACCAGGUAUAGAAAAGAGAAAAAAAACUUAACACAUUCACCGUCUAUAUUUGUAUUGUAAAAGAAAAAUGUUCUUUCUUUUUAAAAUCCUUAGAAUUACGAAUUAAAAAUUAAAAAUUAUCUUAACUUUCAUAACAAUAAAUGGAUAGUAAACGUGUUAAGUUUCAUCGAAUAAUCAAUCAUUCCAUAAUUUUAUAUUUAUUUCUCUUUCAUUUUGUACAGAGAAGAAUGAUAGGAACAUGGAUUAUCAUAGAAUUCCUUAUUUCCUCUUUUUCAACUGUAAUUUUAUAAAGUCAAAAUUGCAUAUUCCAUAUUCCCAUCACUUUCUCUCUGUUGAGCAUUAUCGAGAACCAAUAUUAAAAAAUAUCCAAAAGAAUCAUCGAUAAAAAAAAAAAAAAAGAAAACCUCUGGACAAUCGGAAUCAUUGUACCGUGCAAGGAAACAAAAAAAAAAAGAAUCGAAGCACAAUAUGUAACUAAAAAUUCCUUCCUCCCUGAAAUUGAAACAUUUCUCCCAAAUUUUUCAGGGGAUUUUGUCCCCGGCAAAAAUGCAGAAAAAAAAAAAAACUUCCGCGAAAAGUCGGUCCUCGAUCGAAUUUCCAUAAACGCAUUCCACAAUCGUCGAAGCGUUCCAAAUAAGUGUCGGGUGCAGGGACGUCGACAAAGGAAGUACGAGCCAUGCGCCACCGAUUUCCUGUAGGACGCGUGUCGGUGAAGUUCGAUUAUGCCCGGAAACCAACUCGACGCCCCUGUAUUUCCUUAUUCACUGCCGCUCCAGAUCCUUCUUGAGAAGCAAGUUUUAUGGGGCACGAUGAUCCUUCUGAACGAUCCUAUCUUGACGUGUGUUCGAUGAAAAAGAAAAAAAAACCGCCGCGAUAAAGUUAUCAUAUAUCGAUGAUCGAGCAUCUUAAGUAUUUGUUCACGCGAGGAUUGUUCAAAUUUGCUUAAUUAUAAAUCCCUUUUCGUAUUAAAUUAAAUUAUUUUGAACAAAAUUAAAUUCAAAUAUUCAAUAUUCAGUCAGUUUCAUUGUUUCAAUCGAUUGUUCGAUAAAAUAAAAUUCAUAUAACACGAAGGAGAAUAGAAUUGAUUCUUCCUUCUUUGAUCUCCUUUAUUUUCUUUAAUAAAAUUGAAAAUACAAUUAUAUCCAGGUUAAAAUUGAACUAUCCUCGCGAAAAAAAGAUAAGAUUGUGAGAUAUAUUUGCCUAGAUACGGACCACUUGAGCGAGGCUCGAAUUAUCAGUAUUAUCUAAUUUUUUAAAGAGCCAGAAUAAAGCGCGAGUGAAAGAAACCGGAAGUCAUCAAGAGCGCGCAAAAUCGAUGACGAAGCGGCAUCAUCGAGAAGGGCGCGAUCGAUGGCCAAUUUAACCGCGUUGUGAACGUUAUAUAUUCGCGAAGUAAAUCACUCUGAUUUAUUUCGUGAAGAAUGUUGAACAAGUGAUAAAGAAAAAACAAGUUGCGUAUGCAUGAUUCGUUGAAGUACGAGUACGUACGGGUGUGCUUAAUUCGUAACAGCGACACUAGCGCCACGUUUGUACAUAUGUAUGUAUACUUUCUUAAUUAACGAGAAAUUUGUUAUUUCAUUUUUAUUGUUGAGAAAAUUGUAAGGAAUAAGGGAGCGUCCCGGGGAGAGUCCUGAGAAAUGAAAGUGAUGUGAAUGAAAAAAACAAAUUGAAUCAUCGUGAAAAGUUUUAAAAAUUCUCGGAUGGAAUUCAAUCUUCUUCACGCAACUUUCAUUUUAAGGGACGAAUGCAAAUUGAAAUGAUAUUGUUCGUUCGAAGGAUGAAAUAUUCUUUGGAAAAAUUAAUUGGGAGGUGGAUGGAAAAUUGUGUUACGAAUUAAGGAUAGGGUAUUUGUAAAGCGACCUAUGGGCACAAUGGGAUGUGAAAAAAAAGAAAGAAAGAAAAAGAAAAACAUAACUGCCAACCUGAUCCCAAGCUCAUCAAUUAAAAAGUGAUAAUGAAGAGAAGUUUUUAAAGCGAUGGCAGCUAACGCGUUUUACAUAAAGUCGUUUAUUUUUUUCUUUUCCGGGAUUCAGUGAUCUAUCCGUUCCAUAGAUCAAACAGCUCGAAGAGCAAUCGAAUUGUCUCCGUAUCGAGACAGAUCGCGCAGUAAUACUCGAUAAAAUCGACGUAAAAUUCAAAGUUUUCUCCGACGGCAAAAUUAUGAAAUAUACGAUAUGCGUUUUACAAAAGACGUUGUUCCUUUCAUUUAUAUUCGCACUUUAAAGAAAGAAAAAUUUUCUAAA